AUGUUGUUACUCAACCGCCUUGCCACCGUUCUCUUCUCCAUCACUUCCGUUGUCAACGCGGCUGAUACCGCCGCCUGGAAGUCUCGCAGCAUCUACUUCGUCUUGACCGAUCGUAUUGCUCGCAGCAGUAGUGAUGCUGGUGGCAGCGCAUGCAGCAACCUCGGCAACUACUGCGGUGGGACGUUCAAAGGUCUUCAAGCCAAGCUUGACUACAUUCAAGGACUAGGUUUUGAUUCCAUCUGGAUCACUCCGGUCGUUUCGAACAAGGCUGCUGGAUACCAUGGCUACUGGGCCGAGGAUCUGUACAAAAUCAACUCAAACUAUGGCACAGCUGCCGACCUGAAGAGCUUGACGGCUGCUGCCCAUGCAAAGGGCAUGUACGUCAUGGUUGAUGUUGUUGCUAACCAUAUGGGCCCGGGUGCUGUUACCGCCAACCAACCCGCACCGCUGAACCUGUCUUCAACUUACCACACUCCCUGCGCUAUCGACUACAGCAAUCAGAACAGUGUCGAGGUAUGCGAAAUUGCCGGUCUUCCCGACAUCAACACGUCUCUCACCUCGGUCCGCGACACAUUCAAGACCUGGAUUUCCUACCUUGUCAAGGAGUACAGCUUCGACGGCGUCCGCAUCGACACUGUCAAGCACGUUGAGAAGGACUUCUGGCCAGGCUUUGCUGCUGCAGCUGGUGUCUACAGCAUCGGCGAAGUAUUUGAUGGAAACCCAGACUACCUUGCCCAGUACGCCAAGCUCAUGCCCGGUCUGCUGAACUAUGCGGUUUACUAUCCCAUGAACAACUUCUAUCAGCAGAAGGGCUCAUCUCAAGCACUCGUAGAUAUGAUGAACACAGUCAGCAGCACGUUCCCGGAUCCUGCGGCACUUGGUACUUUCCUCGACAACCACGACAACAAGCGUUGGUUGGCCGUGAAGAACGACAAAACCCUGCUUACAAACUGUUUGGCUUACGUCAUCCUCGCACGUGGUAUUCCCAUCGUGUACUACGGGACUGAGCAAGGCUACGCUGGUGGCGAUGACCCAGCCAACCGAGAGGACCUCUGGCGAAGCAGCUUCAGCACCAACACCGACAUGUACCAGAACAUUAAGAAGUUGACAGCCGCAAGGAAGUCGGCAGGAGGUCUAGGCGGAAAUGACCACGUCCAUCUCUAUGUGGCCGCCACCGCCUAUGCCUGGAGUCGCGCAGGAGGCAACCUUGUCGUCCUUACCACAAACAGCGGAAGCACCUCCAACGCGCAGCACUGCUUCAACACCCAGAAGGCCAACGGCAGAUGGAUCGACGUAUACGGAAGCCAGGGCACAGUGACCGCCGACGGCAGCGGUAACAUCUGUGUGAAUGUCAAGAACGGCAACCCUGUGGUCCUCCUCGCCUCCUCCGGCACACCCACCACCGGCACUACUCUCACCACACGCACAGCCACUGGCGUUGCCACCGGAUGCCCAACCACAGUUUCUGUAACCUUCACUGACCGCGUUGUCACUGUUCCCGGCGACACAAUCAAGAUGACAGGCAACACCGCUCAGCUGGGUAACUGGACCCCAGCCAACGGACUUACCCUUUCAGCAGCGAGCUACACCUCAAGCAACCCAAUCUGGACCAUCACAGUACCGUUGGCCGCUGGAUCAACCAUCCAGUACAAGUUUGCGAAGAUUAGCAGCGGAGGCACCACCAGCUGGGAGAACGACCCGAACCGCUCUUACACUGCGCCCAAGUGCCAGGCAAGCGAUAGUGUGAACACUACGUUUCAAUGA